AUGUCGUCGGGAGGACAUAGCAGUCGUACACGGACCGUACACAUAGGCUCAAUUUUCCAGAAGCUUCAUGGUCGCUUCGCUGACCCUAUGACACUUCCGAAACUUUCGACCGACAAGCGAAUGUUGGAUAAGACCUGGAAGCUAAUGGACAAGGUGGUCAAACUAUGUCAACAUCAGAGGAUGAAUCUGAAAAAUUCGCCACCGUUCAUCCUGGACAUCCUACCUGAUACGUAUCAACGACUGAGACUGAUAUAUAGCAAAUACGAGGACAGGAUGCAGGUGUUACAUAGUAACGAGCAUUUUUGUGUGUUCAUUAAUAACCUAAUGAGAAAGUGCAAGCAAGCGAUCAAGUUGUUCAAAGAGGGCAAAGAAAAGAUGUUCGACGAGACGUCGCAUUAUCGUAGGAAUUUGACCAAGCUCAGCUUAGUGUUUAGCCACAUGCUGUCUGAACUGAAGGCCAUUUUUCCAAACGGUGUGUUUGCCGGACACAAGUUCCGUAUUACCAAGGCGGAUGCGGCCGAGUUCUGGAAAGAAAGCUUCGGGAUCAGUACAUUGGUUCCAUGGAAAGUAUUUAAAGAUAAAUUAAAUGAAGUUCAUCCAAUUAGUUCUGGAUUACAAGCCAUGGCAUUAAAAUCCACGAUAGAUCUCACGUGCAAUGACUAUAUUUCUAACUUUGAAUUUGACGUAUUUACGAGGUUAUUCCAACCAUGGUCUACACUUUUGCGUAAUUGGAAAAUUCUGGCUGUGACACAUCCUGGAUAUGUAGCUUUUCUUACUUAUGAUGAAGUGAAAGCACGUUUACAGAAGUAUUGUAGUACUAGACCUGGGAGUUAUGUAUUCAGACUAAGUUGUACAAGGUUAGGACAAUGGGCUAUUGGUUAUGUCACAUCAGAUGGAGAUAUUCUACAAACAAUACCUCACAAUAAAAGUCUUUGUCAAGCACUGUUAGAUGGAUAUCGGGAAGGAUUUUAUUUAUAUCCUGAUGGUCGUAAUAUAAAUCCAGACUUAACAUGGGCAGUUCAACCCACUCCAGAGGAGCAUAUAAAAGUCACAGCAGAACAAUAUGAAUUAUAUUGUGAAAUGGGUAGUACAUUCCAGUUAUGUAAAAUUUGUGCAGAAAAUGAUAAAGAUGUGAGGAUAGAACCUUGUGGACAUCUCCUUUGCACUCCGUGCCUCACAGCUUGGCAGGUGGACUCUGAGGGACAGGGUUGUCCGUUUUGUCGAGCUGAAAUUAAAGGAACUGAACAAAUAGUAAUCGAUCCGUUCGAUCCGCGAAGAACACAUCGACCGGGAACACAAUCAGCGUCUGCUAGUAAUGCAUCAACCCCCACGCGGGAUCUUGACCCGGACACCGAGGAAAUCAUGGAUCUGUGUAACGGACACUGCGGAUUGAUAUGCGACGACUCCGACGAGGAAGAUGAUUCCAGUCCAACGAACUCCCCUGUCUCUGCGAGAAGAAUCGUGCCAAGUCCACCGCUACCUCCUCGACGACCUUCUCCGUCGCCCACGCCGAAUAGCCACUCCAGGAAUGGUCGUCAUUUAACUGUCCCCAAAGAGAAUGCUCCACCACCGCCAACGUCAGCAGUCAACUCAGCUUUCAGCUCUAAUAUCGACAAUCAGCAAAAUAAUAAUAUAAACGAAGCAGGGUACGACAUGCUUCAUCGCGCCUCUUCACCAUCAACGGUACCACCGGUACCUCCAGCACCUUUUGCGGUGGUCAGGGGUCACGUUCGUCGGUCUCAAGGAAAUCACGUAACCGCGUCGCAACCACAACCGCCACCAACGUUACCUGAAAAAUCUAGUCGUGCAAGUAGCGCGUCGUCGAUGACCAGUAGCGGCCAAAUAACGUCCAGCAAUAACGUUCCACCGGUUCCACCGCCGUUGUCGGUGCCAAGGCCGCCAAAAGGUUCGUCUGGAAAAGAGCACAAUCGGCAACAGGAUCAUCAUUACGAGAAUACAAUCGUGAUACCUGGUACAAGACAGCACGUCGUGAGGAACAUUAGUCUGGAAGCGAAUACAGCUCGAUUGUCCGCCCUGAUGAGAGGGUCGAAUACCGAGGGCUCGUAAUUGGUUUCACUUGUCGCACUAUUGAUGAACAUUAUGCGCAGAAACGUGUAGAACUUGCUGUCGCUGGUAUGCUGGAAAAACAAAAAUCUGUCCUUUUUCCGUGAGCUCACAGAUGUUCUUCACGAAAUUCGAAAAAUACACCCACACCUCCCUGAGAGCCGAUAAGCAGAGAUUUCGUGUCCAGUUUAAUCGGCAAAAUAUUCUUGAUAGUUCGAUUACUCUUCAGCCUCAUCACGCGAUCUUCGUGGAAGAUGUCCCUCGAGAUAUACCAGUGUAUUUCUUUUUUUCCUUAAAUGUACAUGCGUACACAUAUACACGCACACACACACAAUCGAACACACACAAAUACAAAAACAAAUACGAACAAAAGAAGACUGCUUAAACUGUGAGAGAGCGCAAUGAAUGUGUUGCAAAAAUGUAAGUAAGAGACUAUACGAGAUGAUAGUUCGUACCCGCCGAGUACAAAAGUCUUUCGUUUCCCGCGAUCGAUGCAAAGCGAUUAAAUUGCUGACAACAGUUUCUCCCUAAAGUAGUUUCUCCAUCUUUCGUAAGUAGAAUAAAUUACACAUUUUUCAAUCUACUUAAGGACAAGAAUUUAAAUAUACAUUCUUAAACGAGAGAAGAACUCGCAUGCAAUUACACGAUUGUACAGUGGCCAAAUUUAUUAAUAGGCUCAUUCAAAAUGAUUCUACCCCCCCUUUUUUCUUUUUUUUUUUUUAUCAAUGUACUAGUGUAUAUGUCC